UCCAGUGGUUAACAGCCGCGUUUCGAAAUUAGUUUAUUUCAAUUGAAAAAUAUCAAAUAUAUACACGUAUCUUUUCUGAAAAAAUAAGAGAUGUCUAAAACAGAGCAUUCAGAUCUCACAGCCGAAAAAGAUGCACCUCCUGUGGAAGUGACAAAGACCGAUUGUGCUGAUAAUACAGUCAUAAUUAUUGCAAUGAAAAGUACCAAUGUAAUGCGAGAAGAUCCUCUUCCUGCAGAAGUUGCAAAAGAAGUAUUAAAUGCGCAGUUUGAAAACAAAUGUUUAAUAGAAGCAAAAAUUGACACAAAUGUAUUUGGAGAAAAAGAAGUCGAUAAUCCAGAUAAAUAUAUUAAAGAGACUACUGAUAUAAUCACUCAUGUACCUGCUCAUGUAUCUGUGAAGGAUGUAACACAAAUCGAAACGCAAAGCUAUGCUGAAAGUGAAGAAACAUUACAGAAAUUUAUUAACAAAGAAAAGGCCGAUUCAUCAAAGCAGAAUGCAAGAGAUGACAUUGCAGUAUAUAUAUCCAGAUUGGAGGCAGAAGUGCGGAAAAGAACAAAAGAACGCGACAUUUACCAGAAGAAGUUCGAAGAUGCAAAGACAAAGUUGACCACUUUGCAAGCAUAUUACAGUGCCAAUCGAGGCAAUGAUGAGGAUGCCCUACAACAAUCGGAAGAGCAGUUGCGUGAACAAAUGAUACAGCCGGCACUGAUAUAUGAGGAACAUAAUCGCAUGAUAGCGAAUCAAGAGAACCAAAUCAACGCGCUGAAUAAUCAAGUGGCCUCAUUAAAGGAAGUAGUAUCGAUCACGCGGGAUCUAUUGGAAAUCCGCAACAUAGAGGUGAAACAGUUGCAAGCUGAAAUCGAUAACAUGGAAAAGAAAAUCUCUGAGGAACGCGAUUGGCAUAACACAAUGAUUAGUAAAAUGGACGCAGCUAUACGACUCAAUGCCGAUCUCAAGAAAGAGUAUGAAAUUCAAUUAUUUCUGUUUCAAAACCUUCGUGAAAAAUACAACAAGAAAAUUACUCUUUUGUCUAGAGAGAAACAAAUCCUCGAAACAAUUGCGUCUACACCUAAAUAAAGAUAAUUUUCAUAUCCUCAACAUCACCUAUACAGCACAGAAUUUGCAGUAACAAUGCAAUGUGUUGCUGCAACUUUUGUAUUGUAGAGGCAUUAACAGACAUAUAAAUUCUUUCUUGUUAUGUAAUUCUUAUGUA